ACUUAACUACACAUAUUAAUCAAAAGUAGUUACUAUUAUUUGUACUAUUACUUUCUCAUUCCUUCCUUUUUUCUUUGAUUUUACUUGUGCCUUCUUCCCCCCACCCUACAACUUUCUCAACUUUACCUUCUAUUAUUGCACUAUCAUAACAGAAGUUGUACUAGCUUUUCAAAGCAAUAUAAAUAUAAAUAUAUAUAAUAAGCAACCCCAAACAAAAGGGAGGCAAAGAGAAAUAGAAACACCAAGAGAAUAGUUUCCAAAUUAAUAUUAGUUUAAUGGAUGACAUAAUUGAGCCAGUUUCAGAGCAAAAUUCAAGGUCCAGUUAUGUUUUCUGGAAAUCUCUUGAGCAACAUUAUCCACCUGGAUUUCUUAAAAAGGUGGUAGCAGAGAUUGUAGCAACAUAUCUAUUAGUGUUUGUUACAUGUGGUACGGCUGCACUGAGCAUGAGUGAAGAGCACAAAGUUUCAAAGCUUGGUGCCUCAGUUGCGGGCGGACUCAUAGUGACCGUGAUGAUCUAUGCCGUAGGCCAUAUCUCCGGUGCACACAUGAACCCGGCUGUCACUUUAGCUUUUGCAGCUGUUAGGCAUUUUCCAUGGAAACAGGUGCCAGUUUAUGCAGCAGCUCAAUUAACAGGAGCAAUAUCUGCAUCUUUCACGUUGGUCGUUCUUCUACACCCAACGAAAGAGGUUGGCAAUACAUUGCCUUCAGGAACAGAUAUUCAAGCUCUAAUUAUGGAAAUAGUGGUAACAUUUUCUAUGAUGUUCAUCACUUCAGCCGUGGCAACUGAUACUAAAGCUAUAGGAGAGCUAGCUGGCAUAGCAGUAGGAUCUGCUGUAUGCAUAACAUCAAUUCUGGCUGGACCCAUAUCGGGAGGAUCUAUGAAUCCGGCGAGGACUAUAGGACCAGCUAUUGCUAGCUCAUGCUACAAAGGUAUUUGGGUGUAUAUGGUGGGACCAAUCACCGGAACACUAACUGGAGCUUGGUGUUACAAUCUGAUUAGGGUGAGCGAAAAGCCAGUUCAUGCACUAUCUCAAUCUUCAUUUUCAUUCAACUUCCGGCGAAUGAUGACCAAUGAAGGCCAAGUUACCAACAAGGAAGCUCUCAAUUCAGUUUGAUAAGAGCCUUUUACCUGAUACUAAAUAAGGCUUUCUUCAGCCAAACCCAAUACCAGCUCAUCACAUCUUGUAAUCUUUAGAUUAGCAUAAUAAUAAUGUUAUAAUAAUUAAGUAAUGUUACAGUACAGCACUAGUUUGUAAAUCUGUCAUAAUUUAGCCAAAAGGAAAGUGCAGUUGAUUCCCGUGAGCUUUAAAAAGACUGCAAUAGCUACCUAUCUGCACUAUACAUCAUCACAAUAAAAUUACAGAGCUCCUGAGGGGCAUACAAUGUGCCACUUAAGCUUGUUGGUUCUACAUA